AUGUCCGAUAACAUCGCGGUGCCAUCUUCGGUCGUCGGAGAAGCUCUCGAGCAAGGAUAUCUUUCACCGGCAAUGUCUCACCGUUAUCCAUAUCUUUCUCCAGCACAAGUUCGACUGCCUGACUCAUAUCGCUCUGGGAAUCGUUCUCUAUAUGGAUCUUAUAUCCCUUCGAGUGUUGCCCCUAGUCUCGCGCCGAUUAGCGGAAGCGACCUAUUAGAGAACAUACUCCCCUCAUUAGAACGUCGUCAAAUGACAAAUUAUACCGCCAAAGUACUUGUAAAAUGUCUGGAGUACGACGAGAAUCUCCAUACUUAUGCCGAUAUGGGCGCCAUCGCUUUUGGAGAAGGCGUUCGACUUAUAAUAUCUAUAUUAUUUUCACUCGAAUUGCUCGCCUCGGCUGUCGCCGUGGUUAUUCUUGUCGGCGACUCCUUACAUACGAUAUUUCCAGAUGUGUCCUUAACCGUUCUCAAACUGAUUGCCUGGGGGGUUAUGGCUCCUUUAACAUUGAUGGCCAUUCGUUACUUAUCUUAUUUCUCUUUGCUGGGUAUCGUUUCCGCAAUCUCAUUGAUCUUUGUCUUAAUAAUUGAUGGAUUUACGAAGACCGAAAGACCAGGAAGCUUGAUAGAUCCCAUGCCGACGGAACUAUUUCCAACCGUAUGGAGUUCAGUCCCUAUGAGCUUUGGAUUGAUAAUGGCCGGAUUCACGG